CUCGGCGUUAGUGCGACUUGAAUCACAUGAGUCAGAUUACUGAAGAACUGUCAAUCGAGUCUGCGUGCGAUGACAGAAGAAAUGAGCUGAAAUGACAACAAAUGUAGAGACGCGGAGAAGGAAACAUGACACAGAAACGCAAGAUCCUCCAGAGGAGCGUCAAGGAAAUCAUCUGCCCGGCUCUUUCAGUGAGAGGAUCUGUGUAGCUCAUAUUCACUCUGAAACUAGUGAUGGUCCUGCACACUCCUGUUUACUACAAACCAGCGACUCCUUCACGCCUAAACACCCACAGAGAACAUGCAGUUUUGGGGAUGAAAUACAAGAGGAAAAUCCGCGGAAGACCACCAUAAGUGCUGAGAAUGAAGUAGAGGCCCAAAAACUGGCAAAUAAUUAUAAGUUUGGAUUCAGGAAAUGGAAGAGUCAUGUGACGGAGCGGCCAUUUCAGGAUCGGUCAGAAAUUGUGAAGGAGCUUUACUCUGAGCUGAAUGUCAUUAAACCACUUUCAGCAGGGACAUUAUUCACAUUUGGAAAUAUCCUCUAUGUGUUUCUGUUUGGCUGGUGGAUUUCUCUGGUUUACCUUAUUGUUGGUGUCCUAAUGUUCCUCACAGUACUUGGCAUCCCAUAUGGGAAACUCUGCUGGAACUUGUCCUGCUAUUUUCUCUGGCCAUUUGGGAAAUCCAUCGAAAAGGCCAGUGUCAGUGUGCCGGUGUACAGUGUAAAGAUCCUCCAGGAUGGUUUAUCUGUAGAAGAAGAGCAUGAUGGGAAGGCUUCAUCUCCUUUUCUGCAACCCACAACGCUGGAGGAGACGACAGAAGAGCCCACCAGAGAGCCACACGACCACCGAUAUUGGUGUCGUUUGAGCACAUACGUCUGGCUGUUGGUGGGUAUUCCUCUACUGGCCGUCACACAUUCACUGAUGUGUCUAAUCUCGUGGCUGCUGGUUUUCACCAUCCCUGUGGCCAAGAUGAGCGCCAAAACCUUACGCAUCAUCCUGCUCAUGCCCCCUGAACACAUCCACAUCAGCCAAAACCCUGAGGCUCAAGAUCACGAAGUCCGAGUCAUUCUGUGCUGCUACAGUGCAGUGAACCUCUACUAUUAUAAAUACACAGUGGACGGGAUCAACGUUUUUGCUGUCAAUCUCUUACCUUUAGUUAUAGUGUCACUAGUGAUUGGUUAUGUGGACCAAACAAACCAGUUUGCCAGUUCUGAAGUCAAAUUCGCUACAGCGGUCAGUUCCAUCAUUCCGCUAUCAUAUUACAUUGGCAUGGGCAUUGCAAGCAUUUCUGCUCAGAGUAACUUUGCCGUCGGGGCUGUGGUGAACGCAACCUUUGGCUCCAUCACUGAAUUGACGUUUUACAUCUCGGCGCUGCUCAGAGGUCAUCAUCAGGGAAACAAGUGUCUGCAGGAGAUUGUGAAAGCGGCUCUUACUGGAACUCUACUGGGCUGCAUUCUCUUCAUACCAGGGAUCUGUAUGAUAAUCGGAGGUCUGAAGCACCAGGAGCAGAGGUUUAACAGUCGCUCGGCAGGAGUCAGUUCCUCUCUGCUCUUCAUAUCGAUAGGGGGAGUGUUUGCCCCUACGCUCUUCUCUAAAGCCUAUGGGAAUCUGGUGUGUGAGAACUGUACAAACUCCACAGGAACCAACAGCAGUGGCUCCUUCAUGUGCAAAAACUGCCAUUAUGACCUGAGUGAAAACAACUACAGUCUGUUUCACAGUCACAUUGAGCCUCUAGUGUAUACAGUUUCCUUUCUGCUGCCUGUCUCUUACAUCAUCGGCCUCAUCUUUACUCUUAAAACGCAUUCACACAUCUACGACAUUCACAUUGGCGAUGGAAUGGCAAGUCAUCUUGGAGCGUCAGUGCACUGGUCCCGAUGGAGAGCUUUGCUUAUUCUUAUCUUCGCCACAGUCCUGAUGUCUGCAUGUGCCGAUUUGACCACCGAACACAUUCAGCCCAUACUUAGCCACUCGUCUGUUUCUCAGUAUUUCAUUGGUGUGACUCUUUUGGCCAUGGUCCCUGAAAUCCCUGAAAUCGUCAAUGGAGUCCAGUUUGCUCUUCAGAAUAAAAUCAGUUUGAGUUUAGAGGUUGGAAGCUGCAUUGCGGUGCAGGUUUGCAUGAUUCAGAUCCCUGUCCUGGUUUUAUUCAACGUCUUCUAUGAUGUUGGAUUUGUACUCGUCUUCAGUGACCUGCACCUGUGGGCCAGCAUCUUCAGUGUCAUCCUUGUCAAUUACAUUUUUAUGGAUGGAAAGUGUGAUUACUUUCAAGGUACUGCUCUGGUGGUGGUGUAUCUGAUCCUGCUUGCGCUGUAUUUUUUCGCUCCGUCUCCUGCUGGUUGUUGAGAAGAAAAGCCAUCAAAGAUUGCUAUAUUCAGUGGCCAUUUCGAGAAUAGAAGUGAUUCAGAAUCACUGUGGUGAUCAGUGGGAUCCAGAAGACGAGGAAGGUGAAGAUGAUGUAUCCAGAGCGCUUAGCCAGUUUGCUCUCCUUCUUGGCGUUUCCUCGUUCCCGUUGAGCGAGUGAAGGCAUCAUACAGACAGCUCCAGCCAUCUCCUCCUCUUCCUGCUUCUGCUGUGGAUCUGAUGCUCCUGGAGGAGCUUUAGCACCAUCUUCUCCAGUUUCUGACAUUAGACACAUUUCGGAGGUUGUAUCUUGCUGGGCUUUCGAAUGUUCUUCACCUCUUCCAUCGUGUGAAGUUCGAGAUGUUUCUGAAGUAAUGUCUUGCAGAUUGUUUGUCUCAAAAGUACCAUCUUUUUUUUUUUGUUCUGUUGAUGGAACAGUAAUAUCUUGAUGGUUUUCUAAUCGUUCUUUAAUCGUUCUUAAUUUUGGAGACGUUUCUGAUGUUAAAAUGUUUCUCUCAAAAGUACCAUUUUCAUUAUUAGUUGAUGGAGAAGUAUUUUGGUGGCUUUUUAAUUGUUCUUCAGCACUUUCUUCAGGAUCUUCUCUGACAUUAGGGAAAGAAGUACGAUCUUCUGGAGCAUUUGACUCAAAAUUCGAUGGAGAAGUAGUAUCUUGAUGAUUUUUUAAUUUUUCUGAUGAUUGUAAACUUUCUGGAGCAACUUUCUGAUAGUCGUUUGGCUCCACAUCACCAAGAGAUUCUUCAGAAAUGUCUUCAUUACUAAUUUGAAAGGAGGUUUUCUCAACCACGCUAACGUCUUCAUUAAAUGUUGGAGAACUUUCUG